AUGAGCAACAUUGAAGAUUUCAAGUCUCCGGUACAGAAGGAGAGAGAGGCAAGACACAAGAAGAUCUGUAACGAUUUCAAGGUUAUAUCCAAGGAGCAUCCAGGACUGAGCAAGAACAAGUAUUGUGUAUGGCUUGGUAGCAAGUAUGGUAUGACAUCGCAGGGAAUUAAGGAGAUGUGCAAGCAGCAUUAUUUCGUGAUGUUUUUGGCUGCAGUCGGAUUUUGCAUAAUGCUAUGCUUCUACGACAAGGCAAGUUUGGAUUUUGACAAGGGGCUGAGAGAUGUUGACGAGCGAGAGACCGGUUCUGACAAUGGGCGGACACUAUAG